UCUGCAAUUUUCUUGUAUGUUCCCCAUGUUUUCUGGUGGCCACUGUGUGUGUAUAUUUUUUCUUCUUUUCCUACCUUUGCUCACACCUUCAAUUCCAAUGUCCAAUUUAUGUGUACCGUUUCGAUUAGGUCCAUGGUGUGAUGGUGGUCUUUCCUGCUCGGUCGUCCUUUGCUAUGUUUGGCACCACCGAUAGGUCACGCUAUUUGUCGCCGAUCAGUGUGGGUGUGAUUGUUUGCCACGUGAACAAAACGAGCUAGAGAGCAGGGCCAAGGCAGGGAAUCUCCACUUAACGGGCGACUAUACGAACGCUCGGUACGGAAUGGUCUGGCGUUUGCGAAUGAUCAUUACAUUAGUCAAUAUCAAUGGUCAACGGUCAUAUUGGAUGGCGCGAUGGUGUUUGUCGUCAUCGGUGUGCGGUUUUCUGGGAAUUCUGUGCCGAUAUGAUACAUAUGGUGAAGGAUCAAAGCAGGAUAAGCAGCCAGAAUCGAAGGGGUGCACAGUAUAAAAAGUGUUCGGCUAACCGGUGGACAGCCUCAUUCGUCGGUGGACCGUAGCUCGGGUCGAAAGUUUGUGCGCGUGUGAACAUUCGUUCGGUUGUUGUGUACCUGUUUGGGGGGGGCAAUACCUUUGGAACUGGAACCCAUUUAUCAAGAUGAUCGUGUUAGUGCAUGUUGGAUAAGAUUUUGCAACCCGUUCUUUCGGUAACAGUGCGUAGGAGACACGGGAGUCAGAAGCAAACACAUCCGGCAAACUGGCCGGAACACGGUCCAAAAUGUGGCUACCGUUGGCGCUCUGUGUGCUGCUGGAAUUUGCCGAAAUUGUUAGUGCAACAGGCGGAUUGGACGAUGCGCUGGAGGUUACGUUCAGCGAACGAACCCGUGCCGACUGGGAGAAGGUGUGGCAUCAGGAAAGCCAUUCACGCUGCCGGGAGAAAUUGAUACGCCAUCUGUAUUGGGCCUGCGAGAAGGAUAUCUAUCGAAUUUCGCGACGCAGCGGUAACGGAGAUGAUGGUCUGUCUGGAACGAUGGAAAAACGCAGUACAGCGAGUCGUACGUUUGUGGAGGAUGAUAUGCAACAGACCGCUUCAUUUCCUUGGGCAAUUGAUCGUGAGGUGGCGUACGCUUUCCUGCGUACCCGACGCAACGGAAAGCGACGUUCGGGUGGUUCUAUUACGGCCGAAUGUUGCACGCGUACCGGUUGCACCUGGGAGGAAUAUGCCGAAUAUUGUCCGUCAAACAAGCGGUUAAAUCAAUAUCGGCGCAGGAAGUAAAUAUUGCGAACGGAUACAAUGGGUGUGUGUGUGGUUUAAGCGGUGGGUCAAAACCCCAAAAAUGGAAAAGCAAGGAUGAGGUAGACGGUUUAUAUGGUUUAUGGCCAGGUGAUGGAAUGUAACGGAUGAAGGAGAUGGGAUGCAGGUGAAGGUAGAACUGGACGUUUUCUCGGUAUUCUCGAUCAUCGUACACAGCAUUGGUUGUGUAUCGUAGCAUUUUUGUAUGUAUAAUGUGAAAUAAAGGAAUCCGCACUACCUAAAACAGAAGAACGGGAAGUUAUGUUGUUUUCUUAUCUCUACGA